AUGAGCCAGUAUACAGCGGCCGUCCCAAGCGAUGGCCUGGUGAGGCCGGAGAUCAAGUUCUUCUUCGAGGAGUUCUACAAGAUCUCUGAUACUGCGGAUGCGCAUGAGAAAUACGCAGAGACGUUUACGAGCGAUGCGAGGUUGAUCAUGGGGCCGAACGAGGCGAAGGGUAGAGAUGAGAUCAUCAAGAUGCGCCAUGGGAUGUGGGAGAAGGUGGCCCAGCGCUCGCACAAGCCCGAGCAGAUCUAUGCCUUUGGCAGUGGCUCGGAUGAGGUGAUGCUCAACGGGACGGUGGCGUACGUGUUGAAGGACGACAAGAAGACCGAGACCGUGUGGGCUGCGAAGGCACACUUUGUCAAAUUGGAUGGUGUGCUGAAGAUGGACUUCUAUCAGGUCUUUUUGGACACCGGGGCUAUGGCGAGAGCGAAAUGA